ACUGCUGUUCAGGUAACGAAAGCUAUGGGAAAGUCUUUCUCUAAAUCAGCAGACAUGCCUUGUGAGUCAUGUGAACAAGUCAGGCCAGCAGUUUUUAGUAAACCAUGGAGGACAAUAAAAUGGGGAGACAACGAGGCUGAUCUUAAGUAUGUGAAAAACUACGAAAUGCAGUUUAAAGGUCGGGAGCUCCGGAUUCUUCUAUUAGGACAUGAAAGCGCUGGAAAGUCCAGUUUCAUCAACUCAGUCCAGACUGUCCUAACAGGCCGCAUUUACGCACUAGCUUCAGCAGAUUGCUCCUCUGACAAGAUGUUUACAAAAGAGUACAAAACCUACAAAGUGCGCAACGAGUACAGUUCAUUCUACCCGUUUGUCUUUUGUGACAUCAUGGGUCUGGGUGAUGGAGGAGGAGUCUUAGAGGAGGAUGUCAAAAUGGUCUUAAGGGGACAUGUAAAGGAAGGUUACAAGUUUGAUCCUGCGGCACCGCUGGAUGAGGAUAAUGAAUUCUAUAAGCGCAAUCCAAAUCCCAGCGACAAGGUUCAUGUUGUUGUCUACGUAUUUGCUGCAGACAAAUUAAACAUAAGUGAAGAAGUUGUACAGAAGAUUAGGAGCAUCAGAAUGGACGCCAGCAGCCUGAACAUUGCUCAGAUUGCUGUUCUCACCAAAAUCGAUCAACUCUGUCCUGAGAUGAAAGAGGACUUAAGGAAUGUCUACGUGCUUCAACAACUAAAAGAAAAGAUGGAGAAAUUCAGUGCCGCUGUGGGUAUUCCCAUGAAUUGCAUCUUCCCUGUGAAGAACUACCAUGAAGAAAUCGACAUGAAAAAGGACAUGAACACACUGAUCUUCAGCGCCCUGAGGCACAUCAUCCACUGUGGAGACGACUGCAACACCCUCCGCCACAGUCACAACGAAACUUUGUGAAGCACAUUUGUUUUAAUUCAACGUACGUCCCGAUACAAUGGUUGAAUACUUUGCAAAUGGUUAAACCGUCAACUUUUAAACUGUACAAUGUUUCUCAGAUAUACCACAUGUAUCCACAUUG